AUGCCUCGACCCGUCCGACCACCUACAGCUCCAUACAGCGAGCCCCUUCUCCCACAGCUCGAUGUCAAGAACCCUUAUUACACUGACAUCCACUACGACCUCCGCGCCUAUGUACGGGACUACGUUGACGCCUCCAUCGCACCCUACGCCGCAGAGUGGGAAGCCGCCGGACAAGUCCCAGAGUCUGUUCGACGCCGCCACUGCGAGCUGGGGUUCGGAAUCGUUCACCCGCUGACGACGGAGGAAGACUCCGCCGGACUGUCGCUUCCAGGAAACGUACCCCGCGACAAGUGGGAUACCUGGUGUGGACUGAUAGUCGCUGACGAGCUCACACGCGUCGGAUAUGUCGGCGUGAUCUGGGGCCUUGGGGGAGGAAACAGCAUCGGGUGUCCGCCCAUUGCGCGGUUUGGCACGCCAGAACAGCGGCGCCGGUGGCUUCCCGAGGUCGCGAAGGGCGAUAUCCGGUUCUGCCUUGGGAUUACGGAGCCCGAUGCUGGAUCGGAUGUCGCGAAUAUUCGGACGACAGCGAAGCGCGAAGGCGAUCACUAUGUUGUCAACGGAUCGAAGAAGUGGAUCACGAAUGGCAUCUGGGCUGAUUAUUGUACCGCUGCUGUGAGGACGGGAGGACCUGGCCGGUCUGGGAUUAGUUUGCUGGUUGUUCCUCUGACGGCCCCUGGGGUUACUCGUCGGCGGAUGUAUAACUCGGGCGUGAAUGCUAGCGGAUCGACUUUCAUUGAAUUCGACGAUGUCCGUGUCCCGGUCGACCAUCUCAUUGGAGAGGAGAACAAGGGCUUCGCUCUUAUUAUGUCGAACUUCAACCCCGAGCGUCUAAGCCUUGCAUGCGCCUCGCUUCGUCUGGCUCGCGUCUGCGCCGAGGACGCCUUCAACUACGCGGUCCAGCGCGAGACCUUCGGAUCGCCUUUGAUACAGAGGCAAGCGAUACAGGCCAAGAUCUUCAAAUUUGGCCUUAUGAUUGAGCCCGCAUACGCGUUUAUGGAGCAGCUCGUCCACAUUAUUGAGCUGACCAAGGAUCGACCCGUCGACGAUGUUCGCAUCGGAGGCAUGACCGCGUUGCUCAAGGUGAUGUCCACCAGGGCACUGGAGAAGAGCGUCCGCGAAGCACAGCAAAUUCUGGGAGGGGCCGGGUAUAACAAGGCCGGCAAGGGUGCCCGUAUCGAGCAGAUCAGUCGGGAUGCCCGGGUUCACGUUGUUGGCGGCGGCAGUGAAGAGAUCAUGAUGGGUCUUGCGUUGCAGGAAGAGACCAAAGCUCUUCGGUCGAGACGUAAGGCUUUGGAGAGAUCGAAGCUGUAG